AUGCACCGUACCAUCAUCUUGAGACGUGACUACUUGCACUACAUCCCCAAGUACAACCGUUACGAGAAGAGACACAAGAACCUCGCUGCCCACGUCUCCCCUGCUUUCCGUGUCAACGAGGGUGAUGUCGUCACCGUUGGUCAAUGUCGUCCCAUCUCCAAGACCGUCAGAUUCAACGUCCUUAGAGUCGCUCCUGCUGCCGGUUCUGGUAAGAAGCAAUUCUCCAAGUUCUAA